AUGGCAGGCGCGUCGUGCGGGUGUGUGAUUGUGCCCGGCUCCGACGACGCUGCGCUCAUUUCUGUGCUGGGUGUACGCGUUCUCGCAUCUUGCUUCCUUACCCGCUCGCUCUUCUCGUACAUCGUCCAAAUAUCUGCUCAAUUUCUUUGUCAUGAAUACCAACAGCUGCCACUGGGUCAAGUGCCCAUGGCGAGGUUGGAGGAGGAGGCGAAGGGACCAAGGCUCUACAUCCUGGCUUGGGACUUCAGCGGACAUGAUCGCGAGCGAAACGCCCGGUGCACGGCACGCGGCGCAGUCAGGGCGGACCUCCGCGUGAACGGGGAGGACACUGACGACGAGUGCUUGUUGAAUGACGAUGGCGCGGAGUUACCUGGUAUCGACGAUCUCACCUUAGCGACCUCCAUACCCUGUGCGACAUGCUGCAGUUUGCCGGAACACUGCAAGCGCUUUCUCCAGCUGAUCGAGACUUCCUCCUCAAGAUGUUCUGAACUGGCUACCCACGCGCAUACGCCCUCCCAGGUGCUUGGUGACAUGUCCACAAUCAUGGAUGCCACCACAAAAAAGCCAUCGUCUGCUGCUAACGAACGCUUUUCGAAUCGUUUCCGGGACCGCGGCCUCCAGGUGCCCUUGGCCAUCCUCAGGCUCGGUGUGGCCCGCAUACACAUCCCGCUCGCCUUAACCACGUUUGACCCAUAA